CUAAACCAUCAAACAAAGAGGUCUAGGCGUGCGUGGGCACAGUCACAGCACAGACCUCCUCCCAUUCAUUCGACGCCGCUCCCGCACGGCCGCCCCGGCAUCCCUCCCCAAUCCCACCCAUGUGGCCGUCGUGGGUGAAGACGCGCAGCUCCGACUCCAACGCGGCGUCCACCUCCACCGCGCUCGUCGCCGCCGGCGCGUCCCCGCGCCUCUCCUUCCCCUCCCCGUCCCUCAAGGACCUCCGGACGCUGCUCGCGCCGGACCACCCCGCCGGGGACCCGUCCUCCGCCUCCCCGUCGCCGCGCGUCUUCCACCGCAUCCGCGUCGCGGCCUCCGCGCUCCGGGUGCUCCGCACGCUCCAGCAGCCCUCGUCCGCGGCCGCGCCCGCCAGCGGCUGCGCGGGGGAGCUCCCCGCCCCCGCCCCCGCCGGCGCGGGCGGGCGGGUGGUGCUCUACUUCACCUCGCUCCGCGUGGUCCGCCGCACCUACGAGGACUGCCGCGCCGUGCGGGCCAUCCUGCGCGGGCUCCGCGCCGCCGUCGACGAGCGCGACCUCUCCAUGGACCGCGCCUUCCUCCCCGAGCUCGCGGCGCUCCUCCCGGAGCAGCAGCAGCGCCGCCGCGUGGCGCUGCCCCAGGUCUUCGUCGGCGGCCGCCACCUCGGCGGCGCCGAGGAGGUCCGGCGCCUCCACGAGUCCGGCGAGCUCCGCCGCAUCGUGGCCCCCGCCCCCGCCUUCCCCUCCGCCUGCGCCCGCUGCGGCGGCGAGCGCUACGUGCUCUGCGGCGCCUGCGACGGCAGCCACAAGCGGUACAGCCUCAAGGGCGGCGGCGGGUUCCGCGCCUGCGCCGACUGCAACGAGAACGGGCUCGUCCGGUGCCCCGGCUGCUGCGCCCCCGCCGCCUGAUCCAGAUCCACCCGAGAUCCGGCUGGGCCCCUCCCUGCCUCCCUGCUUCGGGUUCCCCUCUCUAGCAAACUCAAAAACUCUCUAGAAGUACUAGCACUACUCUGUACUACUUACUCCACUUGCCAUCAAAAUUGAUUAGGAGGAGGAUCAUAAGUCCGCGUCUAGUACUGUACUACUCAUUGCAGUUAGUGUUCUUCAGCCACCAGAUCAGGAACUGGGGCUCUGGAGCGAGUACUAUUUCCCAUUCCCUCCAACCUUGGAUUAUUAGAACAUAAACUAGAAAACAGUCAGUUUCAGUUUCGCUGUUCUCUUGGUUAAUCCGCCUUUGAGUCUUUGAAGCCA